AUGUGGAAUCAUCAACAUCAACAGCAGUUACAGCAGCAUACAAACGAUAGCGAUAUUUUGGAUUCUAGCUUGAAUGGGUUAAUGCGAGAUGUGGAUACUUACAUAUCUGAACUGAAUGCAGAGCAGCAGCAGCAGCAACAGACACUAAACACACCCACAAGGGCUCAUUCAUUGCAAUCACCACAGCGACAACCAUCCCCUUUGAUGGCGAGUAGAGCCAAUACCACCCAUCGACCUCAUUAUAACAAUGUAUAUAAUUCACAUAAAUACGACUUGCCAACACCAGAACCAUACAUGCCAUCACCUCUUCCACCGAGACUACCGCCUCGACCAUCCACCACUACUUCCGCCACGCUUGUGGAACCCAGCAUGUCAAUGCCUCAACCCCACCCCUACAUUGUACCACCAUUAGCAUCCUAUCCAUCAUCACCUUACUAUGCCGCACACAACGAACCUCCUCUCUAUCCAAACUCUUCUAGCUACCAUCACACACAUUCAGACUAUGUCAAUACGUACCUCGCUGCUAAUCAAAAGAGACAUCAACAAGAGGGGAAAACAGCUGCUUAUACGGAUGAGAGCAGUAUUAGAGACAGCAGUUCAUCCACAUUGACAACUGACUCGAACGCCACCUUGUUAACGGAACGCAACGGUUCUCUUCAACAUGGCCAACACCAUCUUUCAUCAAACAGUAAUCGGCCUGGAGCACAUGGCAGUUUGCAGUACUCAUCCAGCACGUCUUCAGUUACGACAUCCCCUCCUGCAACCAAUGGCAUCAAUACACCUAUUGCUGCAUCCACACCACCAGCGUAUGCGCUUCUGUCUGUUCUUGGUAAAGCGUUUGUGCGACGUGUAAGAGGAUUGGAGAAUGUGCGUGAACUGUUCUGUGCCAACGAGUAUCCAGAGUCAUUCACUGGACAAGAAGCAAUUAAAAUGCUGCACGAUCUGCUCGAUGGUAUUCCGGAAGCGUACUGCAUGCACGUAGCAAACGCCUUGAUGAAGUCGAAACCACCCUUGUUUGAACCAAUUCACUAUUCUCAAAAAUCCAUUAUUCAAGGCACCGUUUUCAACUCACCUGAUGAAUACUACACACUCCCAGAAGACAUGCUGGAUGAGGAUGUGCCGGCUGGUAUAUUGACAAGUUUACUGGAGUGCUAUACCUUUGACUGUCUUCCUGGAAAAGGUGGAUGCUAUGCUCCUCGAUGUCCCAACAAGCCAGAUGUAUUUGCACUGGAAUUUGAUGCCCAGGACACAACCGCCAUUACAGCUACAACCACAAAACCUCGUCCACAAUCGGAUCAACCAAGCAGCAGCACCACAUCAGCGACACAGCCCCACAUGGCUUGGGCACAACGCGUGCCACAGGAGCUGCUAGAGUCCUUGUCCAAGAGAGAGAUUGCGAGACAGGAAGCAAUCAACGAAAUGAUCUAUUCAGAGGAAGUGUACAAGAAGGACCUGGAGACUUUGUCUGAAGUCGUAAUAGCACCGUUGCUCAGCAAGUCCAUCAUUGCAUCCACCCAGAAACGAGAGGAAUUUGUGCACGAAGUGUUUGGCAACUACAAGGAACUGACUGAAGUGAGCACGGCUUUGUUUGCCGAUCUGUUGGAGCUACAGCAUCAACAUCAACAUGAAUGUGUGCCCAUGAUUGGCGAUAUCUUGAUCAAGCACUUUGCUUACUUUGAAGAUCCAUUUAGUCAAUACUGUCCACGCGUGUCGCUUGCAGAGUAUCUGGUCAAGGAAGAGGAGCGAAACAAUCCGGAUUUUGAGCGGUUUAUAGUGCACGUGGAAAAGAGCAAGCGUAUGCGUCGAUUGGCUUUCCGGCAUUUCUUGCUGAAUCCAGUUACUCGUAUGCAGCGUUACCCACUGCUCCUGGAUGCCAUUCUGAAAAAGACAGACGAGGACCAUCCAGAUCACACGUAUCUCAGUAAAUGCCUGGACAUGGUCAAGAAGGUGGCAACACAGUCAGACGCGCUGGCAGAGAUAUUCAAGAAGCGGGUGGAAAUACUUGAGAUCAAUGACAUGAUUACCUUCAAGCAGGGCGAAUUCCAAGAUUUGCAACUGACAGGUCCGCAUCGCCGACUGUACUAUCAAGGCGAUAUCAAGCGAAGAAGCAACGGCAUUGAGGUGACAGAAAAGUCAGACAUUCAUCUCUUCAUCUUUGACCAUAUGGUGUUGAUGACCAAAGCACGAAAAUCUACUGCCAGCAGCAACACGGUGGACGAAUACAGAGUGUGGAGAAGACCCAUUCCUUUGCAAAUGCUGCACGUGGGUGGUGCCAGCGACAGUAGCUUGAGCCACACAUCAUCUGCAUCGUCAUCCACUACAAGAAACCUGUUGGCUACUACCACGACAGGGUAUCUUCACGGUGCAUCCUCUUAUUCAUCCGCUGGUUAUGUGCCCUUGACGUUUCAUCAUUUGGGUCAACGCGGUGGCGUGUAUACGUUUUCAUGCAGUGUGGAUGAAAAGCAGAAAUGGAUUGCAGCGAUCGAGGAGGCAAAAUCGUCGCUCAAGAAACGACUGGGAGAGGAUGUGUACGAUCUGAUUACGCUGGAUGAUACUUCUUUUAGAUAUGUAGCUGCCGCCAGUAGUGGAUCUACCAAGCAUGGCAAGGUGAAUUGCACUGUGCCAUUCGUGUCUAAACACGGCGAAAGAAAGUUGGCAGUAGGCACAGACACAGGCAUCUACUUUAAAGCGUUUGAUGGACACGGUAUAAAAAGAGUCUUGUCCAGUGAGAAUGUCACCCAACUGGCAGUGUUGGGCAGGUACAAUAUCCUCCUCGUGCUGGCAGACAAAACAUUGAAAGCGUACCCCCUGGAUGUACUGAACUCACCGACAGCAAGCAACACCAAAUCACCAGAGCGACUUGGCCAGGAACUCGGUCAACAUGUGCAUUUCUUUCAAGUUGGAUUUUGUAACAACAAAGAACUUGUGGUGUUUAAGAAAAAGAAGAACACUUCCAGUAUCUUUACAUCACUGGAGCCCACGUUGGAUUUACGAGAUCCCAAAAACCAAAAGUACAUUACUCAAAAGACGGGCUUCAAGCUUGGUAAUCGAUCCAGCCAUUCUUGGUUCAAAAAGUACAAGGAAUUCUAUGUGGGCGCUGAAUCAAGCAACGUUCAUUUCUUGAAAUCAAAGCUGCUGAUUGUGUGUGAACGCGGAUUUGAGAUUAUCGAUCCUGAAAACUUGAGUGUAGGCGGGCGAGAUAUCCCUGACAAAGGGGAUCCACAGUUCAAUUUUGUGCAUCGACAAUCAGAUUCAUUAAAACCGCUUGCCAUGUACCGUGUGCACGAUAAAUUCAUGCUGUGCUACAACAAGCUCGCGUUUUAUGUCAACAACAGAAAUGGGUCUUUGGUGCAACGAGGGCCACAAAAACUGCCGUUGUUGUGUGAAUGGGAGGGAAAUCCAGACAACAUUGCAUUCCAAUACCCUUAUGUGGUUGCAUUUGACCACCAAUUCAUGGAAGUGCGCCAUGUGGACACGGGUGAUCUAGUGCAAAUUAUACCUGGUGAUCAGAUCCGAUUAACCCACUUUCAUUCAAGCACAGAAGCCACCAUCAUACAAGGUUGCAUGACCCAUUCACAAAGACCAGACAUGCAGCACAUCUUUUACCUCAAGCUAAACCCACACCGUUCGUUGGCUACAGCGUCUUCUCGUAGUAAAUUUAUUUAA